CAUUGGUUCGAUGCUGGGAGGGGGGGUCAGUGGGUCGGCUGACUGGGCAGUAGCUCGAAGGGAGACGCCAGUCAUUUUCUCUACGUCCUCUCCCCCGUUUAAAGCAGCACGAUCCAAACUUGUACAUCACUGUAGUUUGAGGACGGGAGGAAACACAGUACAUCAAAGCAGCGUCUGCAUUUGUUUUUGGGAAACAGCAAUUAGCAUGAGGGGCAGGAUAUCACCGACACGCCGAUGAAACCGACCCGGUUUUGGUCUGGUCUAGCCUAGUCUGUGGGUACUUUCUGAACUUCAAAAGCUCCCGGAGAGCAGGAUCAUUUCCAGCGGUAGGGCUAUGAGAGAACGUGUUGGUUGUAAUUUUACUGGAUCAUAUGUAGAAGGAUUUUUCAGAACGCCGGGCAUGCUUCACAGGGCAAAGUACAGUCGUUUCAGAAACGAUUCUUUAACAUCACUAGACGACCCCCCGACCACCGCUUCACUCAGGGUCAAGAAUUCAUCCAGCUCGUCCCCUUGCUCUCCACUGACGCCCGGCUCUCCAGCAGAUGGACUCUUGGCCGAGUCAGGGCACGCUGCGACCGCUCUGUGCAUCCCCAAGAUGACCAACCUGAAACUGUCCAACCCGGCCAGCCUGCUUGGCCUCAAGGGCUUGUCACUGGGCGCCAAGGAAAUAGCCCGGGUGAAAGGCACCGACACCUUUGAGGCUCAGAGUCUCUCUUCCUCCGCCCUCGACCUAACCAGCUGCUUCUCUGCAUUCCCUCACCCCAAACAGGAGCUCCACAAGCCGGCCGCUAGCUCAAUGCAGUUUGGAGGGGGACAACCCGUCAGCCAAGACUGGGCCAAAGUGUCGCCGCAUCCUCGGGGCGAUGUUCUCGGCUCUGGCGCACUUUACGCUGUGAGAUAUAUGGGCUGUGUCGAAGUAUUACAGUCCAUGAGGUCACUUGAUUUCAAUACAAGAACCCAAGUCACGAGAGAAGCAAUAAGCAGAGUGUGUGAGGCUGUGCCAGGUGCAAAAGGGGCCAUGAGAAGAAGAAAGCCUCCCAGUAAAGGGUUGUCUACAAUCUUGGGGAAGAGUAACCUUCAGUUUUCAGGAAUGAACAUCAUAAUGAGCAUCUCUACGAACAGUCUUAACUUGACGAUCCCACACUCCAAACAGAUCAUCGCCAACCACCACAUGCAGUCGAUCUCGUUUGCUUCUGGAGGAGAUCCAGAUACAACUGAUUAUGUAGCUUACGUUGCCAAGGACCCAGUAAAUCAAAGAGCUUGCCACAUUGUAGAGUGCUCUGAUGAUUUAGCCCAGGAUGUUAUAAAUACCAUAGGAAAAGCAUUUGAACUUCGUUUUAAACAAUACUUGAAGAAUUCACCUGUAGUUAUUACACCUAAUGAAAGGUGUAAUGAAAGAAGGCCAGGCCUUGCAAUAUGGAAUGUGGAGGGUGAUGAAGAUCAGAACCAUGGGUACUACAAUGAAAUGGCAGGUAAACUAGCACCACCAGGAAGCCCAGAAAAUGCAAAAGUAAAGGAGGACUCAGCAGCCUACAGUAAUAACAGCCAAAUAAAAAAAGAUGGAGACUUUUCACAGACUGCUAGCCCAUCAUCUGUUACCAUUUAUGAAAAUUAUUCAGACCCACACAAAGAAACUUUCAUUAUGGCAGAACAAGCGGAUGCUGCAACAUUCAACAAGACUACAGCUGUCCCAUUGUCCAAUACCUUGUCUUCGAUGAGAGAGCAGCUGGCAAAGGAAGUCUGGUACCGUGGACGAAUGAGCAGACAGGAAGCUGAAAAGCUGCUGAUAAAAGAUGGUGACUUUCUGGUACGGGAAAGCGUGACCACACCAGAACAAUAUGUACUGACUGGGCUGCAGGGAGGACAAGCUAAGCAUUUACUACUGGUGGAUCCUGAAGGCUUGGUGAGAACAAAGGACUGCAUAUUUGAGAGUGUCAGUCAUUUGAUCAGCUACCACGUGGACAACCAACUGCCAAUCAUCUCAUCAGGAAACCAACUGUAUCUUAAAAGAGCUGUCUAAAACAAACAUUAAAGAACUCGGACAAAGAGUUUGCUUGCAGAUAUAGUAAUUUGCACUUGUGCAGGUAUUUUAGAAAGCCGUCUUCUGAAUGAUUACCCACAGACUGACUGCAGAGUUGUUUUCAAAAUAAUGUUUAAAAACAUUGUAGGCUGCAAUGGUCACAAUCACUUUGUACCUCUGACUUGGUGUUUGCUACAAGAAAGUAAUAAAUUUAAUGUGUCAAUGUAUAUAAUAUUUUAAGGAAUAUAAAUGAAGAAAUAACAAGUGUAGUUACAUACUGUGUGAAUGCUUGUUUUCUUUAUUUCUAAGCACAAAUGACAUUGAAAACGUGCAAAAGUCAAUCCCAAUGAAAUGCAGACCAUGAAAAUGUGCCUUGAUUCCAAAGAGAAAUUACGCAUAUGAAGAAGCUUUUCUUUUCCAAAUGAUUUUAUCUGCAGUAUUCUGUAUAUUAAAAUCAUUUGUUUGGAAACUAUUUCACUGCCUUUACGCCAGAAUUUUAGGAAGCAAAAACGUUUAGGAAGCGGAAUGGAGUUUUAGUAAUGCCUUUGCUCUGUGCCAACGCAGUUUGCAUUUUCAGUACUAAUGCCCAUAUUGCUUUGAAAAGCACCUUAACAAUGCAGGGUUUUACUGUUUCCCUUUCUUCUGAGUGUUCAAAGAUUUAUCACAAAUACAAAAACACAUGUAUCCAUGUGUAUGUGUGUGUGUAUAUAUAUAUA